UUUGACCAUCAUGUCAUGCCAAUCGGAUACUCUCGUUGCGAUACAGAGAAUAUAAAACUCGGAUACGCGUUUGUUGAACUUUGGACCAUCUUCUUCAAUCAAUCAUUUAAUGCAAUUCUCCACGUCUUCGCCAUUUCUAUUACUUAUAACACCCCAGCACUUUCAAACUUCUCUGGUUUUUCUCUGUUGUUUACCAUGGAAGCCCCGGAAAAAUCGGUCAUAAACGUUCCCAAGAAAUCUCCACUGGUAGUGAGGAUGGUGGUGGUCUUAAUGGUUGUGAUGGUUUGUGGAGCAUAUAAUUGCUCAAUUCGUUUGAAGCAAAUGAGCCCUCACACAACAGCCAGCAGAUUACUGAGCAUCCUAGUAGCUGCCCAGCAAGGUACUGAAAUGCCAUACCUACAUUACCCGAAACCCGAAACAGUUGACAGAGAGGAAUGCGCGUGCAAUCCUGUACGAUAUUUUGCAAUAAUGUCGCAACAGAGAUCUGGGAGCGGAUGGUUUGAAACUUUGUUAAAUAGUCAUAUUAAUGUAAGCUCUAAUGGAGAAAUUUUCGGGACAAGAGAAAGAAGGACGAACAUAUCUGCAGUUGUGAAGACGCUGGACAAAGUCUACAAUCUUGACUGGUUUAGCAGUGCUUCCAAGAAUCAGUGCACUGCUGCUGUUGGAUUCAAGUGGAUGCUUAAUCAGGGAUUGCUGACGCAUCGAGAGGGUAUCGCAGAAUACUUCAAAGAAAGAGGAGCGUUUGCAAUAUUCCUCUUCAGAAGGAAUUUGCUUCGCAGAAUGGUAUCAAAGCUCGCAAACUCGCACGACAGUGAUGCUAAGCUACUAAAUGGAAUCCAUAAGUCUCAUGUUUAUUCAGCAGCAGAUGCUCAGGUACUUGCAAACUACAAGCCAAAAGUAAACACAACAUCACUGGUAUCCCAUUUCAGGAAAUUGGAGGUGACUGCUGCCAAGGUCGUAGAAUCCUUUAAAAGCACGCGCCACAUUGUUCUUUACUAUGAGGAUCUUGUCAAUAACCGCACACAGAAACUCAAAGAAGUUCAGGAGUUCCUAAGGUUGCCGUACAGAGAACUUACGAGCACCCAGGUUAAGAUACACAAUGGUCCCUUGUCACAGCAAAUACAGAACUGGGAAGAAGUCCAGAAUACACUAAAAGGAACACCAUUUGAGAGAUUUCUCCAAUAAACACUGCCAAUGCUGACCAAGUCCAACUUAGUUGUUGAUUUUGGCAAGAGUUUCCUGGUCCAGUCUGUUAUACUUCACACAGUUAUAUGUGAAUUGCUUAUGAACCCUACUCUGUUACUGGAAUUCCAGUGAAUUUAAAAUCUACUCUCAUGAA